GUUUCCUUUGAGGAAGAGCUUCAAUACAUUGUCAUAAUAGGAUUUACAUUUGUUUCUACAAUGCAUGAAUGGGAGUCUGCAGAUUACGAGCCCUGCCUUCCUGUUUCKGAGAAGUCUAACCCCAUAACCCGUGACAUUGACCGAGCUUCACCUGGCAACAUCAUAAGGAUGCUGGAAGCGUGUGACACCCAGAUGUUUCAGGAAGAUACAGGAGCAACAUACCAGAGGCUUUUGAGUGAACAAGUGGUAAAAACGCUAAUGGAAGUUGCUGAGAGGGUACAUCUCAUUCUCAAGGAUCCUCAGGACAGCCUUGUUGUUCUGAGUGGCUGUGGCACUUCUGGCCGACUUGCUUUCUUCAUCACGACUGGUUUCAACAGAGCGCUGAGGCAGCUGAACCGAAGUGAGAUCUACUCAUACAUCAUCGCAGGAGGAGAUAAAGCUCUAUUUUCUUCCCAAGAGGCUCCAGAGGACGACCCCAAACUGGGCAUGCUCUGUCUGAAGGAGGCCUGCAAAGGAAAGAAGAGAGUCUUGUUUAUCAGUAUUUCCUGUGGAGUAUCUGCUCCAUUUGUGGCCGGUCAGCUCGACUUCUGCCUGCAGAACCCUGAAGUUUACACUCCUGUACUUGUGGGCUUUAACCCCACACAUCAGGCAAGGGAUGAGCUCAUUCCUGGCUGUGCCUUCACAUUUCGCACUGUGGUGGAAAGGAUGCAAGAACUCGCCAAAAGGAAAAAAGCUUUCCUUCUCCUCCCAUCAGUCGGGCCAGAAGCUAUYGGGGGCUCGUCCAGGAUGAAGGGGGGCAGUGCCACUAAGAUCCUCCUGGAGGUGGUGUUGUCUGCCGCUCACGCUGCCACUUUCUCCAGCACGCCCAUCACAUACAAAGGUAUUCUGCAGCACUUCCGAGUGUACGAGCGAACUCUGGGUGUCACAUACUCUCAAAGAGAUGGGAUAACAUCUCUAGUGGAGGCUGCUGGACACAGUACGUCUCUCCUGCAGGGUCCUGAGUUCUGCGUCUCACAUGAGGAUUUUUUAGAUCUGGUCCUGCCUGGUCUGACGGAUGAGGACACAGUUCUGCUCGUCUACACGCACUCUGACGACGUCAGUCAAGUGUUGAAGUUAGCCCAAAGAGUGAGAGAGAAGACCUCAAACCUGCAUGUUGUUUCUCAUGAGAUGGACACUGCUGGACAACAGGAUGAAAUCAAUAAUCUGUGUUCAUCCAGACUAAAAUUCACAUGGAGCCAAGAAACACCAGCCUCAGCAAGCGUAACGCACAUGCAGUGGGAACUCUCUACCAAGUUGGUGUUGAACGCCGUGAGCACCGGAGCUCACAUCUUAAAGGGGAAGAUCUACCAGAACCACAUGAUCGACCUGCAGGUUUCCAACACUAAACUGUACCGGAGAGCUACACAAAUACUCCGGAAGCUGUCUGGUCAGCCAGAGUCCCGUUCUGAGGAGGCCCUUCUGAAGGCAAUCUACCAAGUGGACAAGUUGUCAGCAGACGUUACAUCAUGUGACUUCAGAACGCACACUCGUGUAGCCGGAAAUCGUGAGAAGGUGGUUCCUUUGGCUUUGGUUACUCUUCUGGCUGGCUGCUCCGUAAAGGAGGCGGAGUCUUGUUUAGAGYAAAGGCCAAUCAUUAGGGAGGCCGUGGAGGAGCACCUAUCAAGAAUGAGUUCAUCAUAAUCAUCUCUACUAAUGCAGAACACCAAAGAAAGUGUUAAAAAAUGUUUACCAACAAUUUUCUUUCUUGAAAGUGGGRCCCCAACAAUUCUGUGAUACCUUGAGCUAAUAUUUUAUUUUUCUCCUUUCAGGAGAGAAAUAAAAUAUUAAAUAACGUUAACUGAACUGAGUGUAAUCAGACUUGGCUGGUCCCUGUUUACUUUUGAACUAAAUAAAUGUACAUAAUUGUC